CGCCACCGUUGGAUUUAAAGCGGGAAACGGAUGUUUUGUGAUCUAAAAAGUUAAGCCCAGCUGGUAAAACAUUUGAAAGCAGCUGGUCAACGGAUGGCGCGUGUUAACGAACAUGCUAGCAGCCCUCUGGAGACCCGUAUGAACUUCUUACCUUAACGACACAAUGUAACGCAAGACGCAAAGCAGGUAACCGUCGAAGCUUUGUGUCCGCUUGGACACAUCGUACUUGCUCGACAGACACCGUCAGUCGAAGUCAACAGCCAGCACGUCGUCUCUUUUUGCCGAUACGUUUUUCACUGUUGUUAAAGAGACACCCAGGGGGCUCAACGAAGGAUUACCCUCAACAUAGAGGGACAACAGUAAAAAAAAGAAUUCCUCAAUGAAAGAGAAUAACAUGAAGCCAAAACGCAUUCAUAGGCCCAGAGGACCCAACUGGCAAGGAAAGGGCGUUAACACAGGCGACACGACAACACUCUGCCAAGCUAAGCCCACGUCACAUGUGCCCUCUUCGGCUCGAAGCAAACCUUUUGCCGGAAAAGUGUUUUACCUGGACCUGCCGUCAAACAGAGCAGCAGAGACCCUCGAGAGUGACAUCAAAGAACUGGGAGGGACUGUUGAGAAGUUCUUUAGUAAGGAAAUCAAGUAUCUGGUGUCCAACAAGAGGGAGGCCCGAUAUGUGCAGUGCCUCAGGCAGCAGGACUCUCCGGUCCCCAGCCCGGACUCCGGACAGAGUUCACCUCACCCUCACUCAAACCCGCACCGGCCUGGCAGCCAUGGGGACAACAUCAGAAGCAGGUCUCAGGUUCAAACAGACACAUUUGUGACAAGUCGAGGGAAAUCAUUGGUGGAGAAAGUGGUGAAAGAGCAGGAGAGGGUACAGAUGAACAAGAUCCUGUCAAAUGCUCUGGAGUGGGGUGUGAAAAUCCUCUAUGUAGACGAUGCAAUGGCAUAUGUACAGAAGAGAAAAAAGAUUGUCAGCAGCCGGUGUCCUGCGACCGCCGCUGUCAAGGCAAAUGUCAAAGUUGUGUCAGCAGCUAGGCUAGGCUUUCAGAAAUGCAAAGGUGGACGACUCAGCAAACCCUUUGUCAAGGUUGAGGAUUCAAGCAGACACUACCGUCCAAUCUGCCUCUCAAUGCCAAAAAUGCCCGAGUUCAACCUGAAGACUGUUGCUCCUUGUAGCCCCUUCUGUGUCGAGGACAAGCUUCCCCCUGGGAACAAACAGGAAGGACAAAGAGGUGCGAAAGCCUCAGCCAGUGAAGACAGAGCUCUUGGCCGAAAGAAGAACAAAGACAAGAAACGAGGCGGCUACUGCGAGUGCUGUAUGUUCAAAUAUGAAAACCUCACGUCGCAUCUGCAGAGUGAACGUCACAAGGCUUUCUCCAAAAGUGAUGAGUACUUGGUGGUGGACAGACAGGUUUCAACACUGCACUGCAACUUUAUCCACAUCAGAGCCAAAGUUAAAAGACCAAAGUGCAGUGUUUCCUCUGUUCUGGUUGCUCAUGGACCAUGUGGGAAAACGGAGCUAAGGCACGAGGGAGAUCAAUAUACCGCAGAGACUAUUAAAGAGGAGCAGCACCAGACUGUUGAAGGGGAAUCUUAUUCAGGACACGCUCCAAAAAUCAGAUCAGCUCCCGGUUCUACUCCUCUGAUUCAGAGGGAGGGAGUCAGGAGGAAUUGCCACACUUACUCAGACAGAUCCAACUUCAAAUCUCUUGCACGCAAGCGGCCGUGCAGAAAGAUUUCCUUGAAUACUUGCACACAAAAAGCUGAGCAGGAUGAAAUUCUUCAGCCCAGGGGAGAAACAGCGUCCUCUAGAGGCGAAUGCCUCGUAUCUUUCCCCUCCAGAGUUCCUCAGGUCGACUCAUUGGACCAUGUGUCUCUCAAAGACAGCUCAUCCUCACUCUUCCACGACAUCAAUGCACAGAAGGGUUCCUCAAAAAGCCUACAUUUUGUGACAAAUCAACAAGAAGAGUCUAAUGCGAACGAAGAUGUUUUACCGUUUGAGGCUGUGCAGGAUGAAAGUUUUUUGCCCAACAAAAUGACUGGGAACAAUUUAGCAGAAAACAUGAAAGGGGAGGUUCCUCCGCAAAGCUUCUCUCCAGUCCGGAAAAUACAGAGAAGGAUCAGAGUCUAUAAACGCAAAAGACGGAAAGUGGACACACAUGUUGAAUGUGUAAAGCCGAUCGAUUCUCCUGACAACUCCAUGCUGAAACUUUGGGAGCUUUUCCAGUCAAGUGAUGACAUGGACGUGGAGUUUCAUGGAUUUGAGGCCUACGAGAGCAAAUGAGCUGAAGGGAUGAAUUGGAAUAUUAUUUUUUUUUUUUUUUACAAUGUGUCAGUAACAUUUGGCUUGUAAUUGAGUGGCUGCCCUUUGAAUUAUAAUAAUAAUAUUAAUUUGCACAUUCAUUGUGGACUGAAACAUCCAUUAUUUCCCCACUUGGUAGAAGUUACCACGCUCUUGAAAUAAUUUUACACCAAAUUAUGCAUUCUUCAGUUUUAGACAAAAGAGUUGUGAAUUGAUUAUUUUUCCAAAUCAGAUUUGGGUCAAAUGCACAGGAAGUGCAGCCUUUAAACUUGAACAUGCAUGGUAAAUGCAUGAAUGAAAGUCUGACAAAACUCUCAUCCAGACACCAUGAAGUGGAGAAAGGAGCCUCCUCUUCUUUCUCAGUCCCAUCACAAGGUAAUAAUGGGAAUUUAUGGUUGACAGAACAGUAAUUAAUUUGGCUAUUAAUUUAGGAAUAACCAAGUAAAUACAUUUUGAACGAAAGUGUAAAAUGUAAGAAAAAUCUAAGAAAUAUAUAUUUUGAAUGUGAUUAUUUUCAUGGUUUACAGUCUGCAUGCAUGCUGAACAAUUAAUGAGUGUUGUUCAUUUACAAAACAAAAAGCUUCAACGGUGACAUCGUUCAUCUAAAGAAACAAGACUUGACUCUUCCCAGACAUGAGGAACUGAUUGUAUGUGUAGCAUCAAAUACGUACUUUACUAUUUGUAUAUAUGUAUUUAAUGUGAAUGACCUGUAGAUUGGCACUUGACAUUAUGUGACAUUUAAGAAUUGAAUGAAGAAUGGGUUAGGUGCAAAGUGCACUUUUCCUGACCGGCCUUCAUGUGGGUUUCCCUGAUGCAUUAGCUCAGCGUCUCCCUUUUCCACGCGUCUAGUGCAUUAGCAUAUAGUGCCGAUAUUCUCACUCACUGCUCUCACACCAAUGCACUGGGUCAAAUGGGACUGACAUUAAGAAAGAAACACGAGAAACAAUGUGUUGUGAGGUACAAGUACAGUGUCUCUGUAAAUAAAGGCAAUGCUGAAUGAA